AGUCCGCGGGAAACCAAAAUGGCGAAGGGCUGUAGCGAAGCGGUCUGUGUUUGAGGCCGGUGUGAGGACGCUCGCUGUACCCGCAGCCUCGGCCACAAGGACCUCGGUUGUGCGUGCGUAUGUGCGGGGCUCCCGGUGGGGCGGGUGCCCAGUGAGAGCCCGGACGCGCAGGGGAAGCGCCCACGGGACGUGAUUGGUUCUGUUUUCCUGUAUGAAGCGGUUGGCACCACUGAAGUGACCGAAUGAGAGACUCUACAGGAGCAGGUAAUUCACUGGUCCACAAGCGGUCUCCUUUACGUCGAAACCAAAAGACCCCAACAUCCUUGACCAAGCUGUCUUUACAGGAUGGACAUAAAGCCAAAAAGCCAGCAUGUAAAUUUGAAGAGGGUCAGGAUGUCCUAGCUAGAUGGUCAGAUGGCUUGUUUUAUCUUGGAACUAUCAAAAAGAUAAAUAUAUUGAAACAGAGCUGCUUCAUCAUAUUUGAAGACAGUUCUAAAUCCUGGGUUCUCUGGAAGGACAUUCAAACAGGAGCCACUGGAAGUGGGGAGAUGGUCUGUACAAUAUGUCAAGAAGAGUGUUCAGAAGCUCCUAAUGAAAUGGUUAUAUGUGACAAGUGUGGCCAAGGAUAUCAUCAGUUGUGUCAUACACCUCAUAUUGAUUCGAGUGUGAUUGAUUCAGAUGAAAAAUGGCUCUGUCGACAGUGUGUUUUUGCAACAACAACAAAGAGGGGUGGUGCGCUUAAGAAAGGACCAAAUGCCAAAGCUUUGCAAGUCAUGAAGCAGACAUUACCCUACAGUGUGGCAGACCUUGAGUGGGAUGCAGGUCACAAAACCAACGUCCAGCAGUGUUACUGCUAUUGCGGAGGCCCUGGAGACUGGUAUUUAAAGAUGCUACAGUGCUGCAAAUGUAAGCAGUGGUUUCACGAGGCUUGUGUGCAAUGCCUUCAAAAGCCAAUGUUAUUUGGAGAUAGGUUUUAUACAUUUAUUUGCUCUGUCUGCAGUUCUGGACCAGAAUACCUCAAACGUCUACCGUUACAGUGGGUAGAUAUAGCACACCUAUGCCUUUACAACCUAAGUGUUAUUCACAAGAAGAAAUACUUUGAUUCUGAACUUGAGCUUAUGACAUACAUUAAUGAAAACUGGGAUAGAUUACACCCCGGAGAGCUGGCAGACACACCAAAAUCUGAAAGAUAUGAACAUGUUCUGGAGGCAUUAAAUGAUUACAAGACCAUGUUUAUGUCUGGGAAGGAAAUAAAGAAGAAGAAGCAUUUGUUUGGGUUGCGAAUUCGUGUUCCUCCUGUGCCACCAAAUGUGGCUUUCAAAGCAGAGAAAGAACCUGAAGGAACAUCCCAUGAAUUUAAAAUUAAAGGCAGAAAGGCAUCCAAACCUAUAUCUGAUUCAAGGGAAGUAAGCAAUGGGAUAGAAAAGAAAGGAAAGAAAAAAUCUGUAGGUCGUCCUCCUGGCCCGUAUACAAGAAAAAUGAUUCAAAAGACUGCUGAGCCACCUUUGGAGAAAGAAUCCAUUUCAGAGAAUCCUACGUUGGAUUUACCUUGUUCUAUAGGGAGAACUGAGGGAGCUGCACACUCAUCUAAUACCUCAGAUGUGGAUUUCACGGGUGCUUCCAGUGCAAAAGAAACUACCUCGUCUAGCAUUUCCAGGCAUUAUGGCUUAUCGGACUCCAGAAAAAGAACUCGCACGGGAAGAGCCUGGCCUGCUGCAAUACCACAUUUGCGGAGAAGAAGAGGUCGUCUUCCAAGAAGAGCACUCCAAACACAGAACUCAGAAAUCUUAAAAGAUGACGAAGGCAAAGAAGAUUAUCAAUUUGAGGAGCUCAAUACAGAGAUCCUGAAUAACUUAGCAGAUCAGGAGUUACAACUCAAUCACUUGAAAAACUCCAUCACUAGUUAUUUUGGUGCUGCAGGUAGAAUAGCAUGUGGCGAGAAGUACCGAGUCUUGGCUCGUCGCGUGACCCUGGAUGGGAAGCCAAAAGCAGCAGAGAACGUCCUUGUCCUGCGUUGGUUCCUGGUUGGCCAGUUCGCCUUGCCUAGCAUCUGCAAGGAAUGCAGUGUGCAAUUCAAGUGGUUUUCCACUGGAUUCGAGGAAGCAGACCCUUCACAGAUGCUAUAAAACGUCCUUCUGGAACAAGGAAACAAACAGAUCCUGUGCAGAGCCAGUAGUCUACUCUUGUACCUUGUAUUUACUGAAACGUACUCACUUUUUCUCUACCCCAUGGCACACAGUCCUAGUGGAGAUGGUGUGUCAAUCUGGCAAAGACUCGUUUAUGGGGAGGGGGCAAAAAUCCUGCAGACAACGGGCAGUGGCCCUUCAAAAUUCAACUGUAUCUCACAAAAAUCUUUAUUCCAUGGCAUUUAAUUACUCUUGUGUUUUUAAAAAUUCAGAAAUAGUUAUCAAGUGCUUAAAAAGUAGUAUUAGACUUCAGAUUUAAAAUAGAAUUUAUACUUAUUUUGGGAUGCUUUGCAAGGAAAAUGUCUUUGAUGUUAUAAUCAGUUGUUAUCAGGUAGUUGAAGAUACUUUCAUAGGGAGCAAAAUUAACAGACCCUCCAGUCAUGGAUUGUGUUUGUAACUUGAGGGUUUCGUUCCUGGUGUGACUCAUCCUCAUUACUUUGCUAUUCUUUUUGUGUCUCUGACUUUAGAAAGCACAGGCUGGAAACUUAGAAAGGUAGUGUGAGGGGAAGGAAGCACUGGAUGGAAACUAGUUUAUAGUAAACUAGUUGUUAGGCUCUGUAUUUUUUGUCCAGAAUGUGAACCUUCACUGUGAAGGACAAUGUUAGAACCUAUAUUGUAUUGAAAAUACCAUCAUAAAAUAGAACAUCUGCUCACCAUGAUUAUUUUCCUUAGAAGUAACAUUUUAAAACUUUUAGUUUUAUGUCUUUCAAAAUUGUAUACUUUUUUGGGGUGGCAUUAGGGUUUGAACUCAGGGCCUUGCUGCACUUGCUGAGUGCCACUCUGCCACUUGAGCCACACCUCUGGCUGUUGCUUUAGUUAUUUGAUAGGAUCUUGCACCUUUUGCCUGGCGCCAUCCUCUGAUAGCAAUCCUACGUAUGCCUACCAUGUGGCUGGUAUUACAGGAAUGCACCACCACUCCUGGCUUAUUUGUUGAGAUGAGGUCCCACUUAACUUUGUGCCCAGUUGAGCUGUGAUCCUUGUUACCCCAUUGGAAAGAAUUUGCAUUUGUCCAAGCUCUGAGACUGUGUGGGCUUAAAAGUGACAUUAAUUUGUCUAGUGGAAGAAAUUUCAAGGCAAUCUAGCAUUGAGGUAGUGCCAUGGGCAUUACUGGCUGCUGUUAGCCACACAUAGAUUUAGAAAAUGUCCAGAUUGGCAACCAGUCUGUGAGGGUGGGUAGGCCUGCUCCAGAUGGCUAAAUUUAUGCUGAAAUUUGUCAUUAAACCCAUCAAGGGGCCACUGCAAUCCUAACCAAUUGCAGGGCAACAGGAACUUUCAGCCUGUCACACGCUACUUGUUAGAGACACCCUCCCUCCCAGCUUACAGUGCGUACUCACUGCCCUGAGCUGCUCACCUAUAACAAAGUAGGUUCAGUGUAAGUGGUUUAUGUUUUCUUCUCCCCAUACACUCAUUGUAAAAUUCUCUGGCUUAGCUGGUUCAGGGACAACCUGGGCAAAUAGUUCAUGAGACCCCAUGUCCAAAAUACCUAGAGAAAUGGACUGGAGGUGUGGCUCACAUGGCAGAGCAUCUGCUUUGUGAGCUCGAAGCCCUGAGUUCAAACUCCAGUGUCACCACCAAAAAUAAGAAAAAAACUAUGGCUUUAGAUCUGCUGGACGUUUUCCACCUGCUGCCUGCCCUUGCUGACUGUACCCAGGGAACAUGUCUGGACUGGUGUGUCCUUCAUAGCUAGUGCCCUUUUAUUUUAGAGGGCUCUUGGUCUCAAUAAGCUUGAUUCAACAGUGGCAUGCCUGAGGCUGGGAAUGCCUGUGACUCUGUUGGGCCUCCUGUGCAGGUGUGUUUUAAGAAGGCUUGGCAUGGAUGUGAUGUGAGGGGGAAAGCCAGUUAGGGCCUGAAAAUUUAAAGUAGUAGAAGUCUUAGGAAUGUGGAGAAUUCCUGAACAGUGAAGAGAGUCAGCUGAACAGGUCUUUGCUGAAGACCUGAGAGAGGAGACAGUGGAGGAGCAGGCCUGCUGAGGAGGUGAAAGGGUGUGGAUGGAUUUGCUGGAGUCAGAGGUCACCUUGAAAGCAGUGGAAAUAAGGGAGUGGAGUGGGACAGGUCACAGAAAGCCUCAAAUACUCCAGUAGUCAUCAGCUGUAGCCCCUGCCUGUGUGCUCGCUCUUAUUUUUUUGGCAGUACUGGAGUUUGAACAUUUGCUAAGCAAGUGUUGAGUAUUUUCAAGAUUGGGUCAUGUCAGCUGUUUGCCCAUGCUGACCUUGAAGUGUGACCCUCCUGAUCUGCUUCCCAGGGAUUUACAGGCGUGAGCCACCGGCUCCCAGUCUUGUGCCUUUUGUUAAAAACUUGCCCUUCACCAUUCUUACAGAACAGAACACACUGAUGUCAUCAUGAUGACAGUGGGGCAGGCAUGCAGAAAUUUUUCAAUAAAAUUGUGAGUUUUCUGUUUUACCUGCAGUUGUGGAAGACUAACUUAAGUGUAGAUUGAAAGUAGCUGAACAAGAAAAAAACACUUGUUUUGAUGAAGCGAGUAAUAUCAAUAAAAUGGGAAACCAUCGUUUUACUUAGAAGGUUAUUCUAAAGUAAAGGCACUUUGAGGUAUUUGAAAAGAAUCUCCCUGCGUUGCAGACGAGCACUCCACUGUUGAUUCCGAAGUCCACAGAGUACUGCAGAGUAGUGUUGCCUAACAAAAAACAAAUCUGGAAUUAUCUUUGUAAAAAACACAGGAAGUCAAGACAUACAGUGUGAGUUUGGGUGUUGAACCCAGGGCCCUGAGUUCUCAGUACUGCUGAGAGUUACACCCUCAGACCCCGAGUUUGUUCCGAAACAAGUGAGGAGAAAGACCCCUUGUGAAGAGUGCGAACAAUAACACUCAUAAAAUAUUUUGAGACAGAGUGGUAAGUGGAAAUUCAGGUGGCUUUUUUGUUCAACAUUGGAAAAGGCAGCAGAGGCUGAGAUACUUCACAGUAGUCACUAAAAGUGGCUUCCAAAUUACCUGAUUUACUUUGUCUUUAGUAUCAAGGUAUAUAACUUAGAAAAUGACAAUUUGCUGGAACUGAGGAUGAGGGAACCUUGAAAACUAAUGUCUUGAGAACCUACACCCUUGUCAAGGAUUGAAGCUCCAGCUCUGGAUCUGUGAUUAUUUAUGUAGCGAAGAGAAAACACUGCCUUCCCAUCCACACCUGACUUGAAGGAAGCAAGCGAAUUGUUGCUUUUUGAUUGUUUCUUCUUUUGAGGGGAUGGGGGCAGCACUGGGGUUUGAACUCGGCCUCACACUUGCUAGGCAGGAAGUCUAUCACUUGGGCCACUCCUUCAGCCUUUGUUGCUUCUGUUGGGAGAAUUACUGAAACUGAUACAUUUUGAAGAAUGGGGCAGAGGCAGGUCUGACAGCAUGUGAGUGGAAGUGGUCAAUGAAAGGAACCAGGGAAGACAUCUCUUUAUGAAUUUUUUCCCCAAAAUGAAAGUUUUCAACAUUCUAACUAUGCAGUGCACAAAACUAAAGGAUUCUGAAAGCAGCCAGCGUGGUGGCUCAUAUCUAUAAUCCUAGCUACUGGACUGUUUGAGGCCAGCCCAGGCAAAAAGUGGGACCCCAUCAAUAAGCUGGGUGUGGUGGGGGCACACAUGUAACCCCAGCUACACAGGAGGCUUACCUGGGAAGAUCAUGGUCUAGGCUUGCCACACAAGAAUGCAAGAAAGACCCUAUUCCAAAAUGACCUUUGAAAAAGUGGGCUGGAGAGUGGCUCAAGUGGCAGAGCACCUGCCUAGCAAGUGUGAGGCCCUGAGUUCAAACCCCAGCACCCACUGUCCCCCAAAAAGAUUCUGAACUUCUCAAGUUCUGUAACAGCAGAGGUGGUAGUAUAUAGCAUUAGCCUUCUAGACUUUUUGUAUUCUGCUUUUUAUAUUUCAUUUAUUUAUUUAUUUUUUGCAAUACUGGGGUUUGAACUCGGCCUACAC